GAUAAUCACUUUGGGUGAUUCUUGGGCGAUUCGCUGUGAAACAAAAGUCAAAGUGCAAUUUAAUUCUCGAAUUCCGCAGUAUUUUGAUCGUGAAGUGCUUGAAGGAUGGGUAAUAAGUCGUCCCUGUUGCUGAGAGAGGAGGAAAUCGGGCAGAUUCAGGAGGAAACUGGCUUCACUGCGAAUCAGAUCGAGCGCCUCUACUCUCGCUUCACGUCACUGGAUCGCGGAGAUUGCGGCACUCUGUCCAGAGAUGACUUUCUGCGGAUUCCAGAGCUCGCCAUCAAUCCCCUCUGUGACCGCAUCGUGCAUGCCUUCUUCGUGGAGAGCAGCGACGACAGGGUGAACUUCCGGCAGUUCAUGACGGUGCUGGCUCGCUUCAGGCCCCCGAAGUCCAAUGACAAGCGCAACAAGCUCAACAGUCGCUCGGACAAGCUCCGCUUCGCCUUCAAGAUGUACGAUCUGGAUGACGAUGACUCGAUCUCGCGCGACGAGCUGCUCAGCAUCCUGCACAUGAUGGUGGGCGACAACAUCAGCCAGGAUCAGCUCAUCUCCAUCGCCGAGAGGACGAUCGUCGAGGCGGAUCAGAUGGGCCACGGAACCAUCAACUUCGAGGACUUCUGCAAGGCCCUCGAGCGGACCGACGUGGAGCAGAAGAUGUCCAUACGAUUCCUCAACUAACUGCGCGACAGUGAGCAAUCGAAUGCACAAGAAUCUACCAAAACGUCGACCCUCUGCAAGCUCUCUGGUCGAUUUUAGCUACUUAAAGUUGCACAGGAAGGUGUCAGUCAUUCCGCUGGUGAUAGAGAUCCCGAGAGAUGUGUCUUAUAAAUGAACAAAUAACAUGAAUUUAAUAAUAGAUACAAUUUCAGUGAAGAA